AUGUCUUCAGUGCCCGGCCGCGCGACACGUGUGCCUGCUAAGGCCUACACUACUCUUCGUACACCCGAUGAGCUCCUCAUGGAGAUUGAAAAUGGCGCGACCAAGCUGAACCGGCCCUUAAGCGCAUCGAUAUCCAACAUGAUUCGCGUCAUCUUGACCGAAUUGAUUGUCGUUUCUUCACCUCCGUACGGUCCCUCGGCAGAACCCCCCAAACCAACGGCAGAUACUCCAGAAACAUCCAGUCGUGGACGCCCGUCGCGCCGCCAGAUUCUAUACGGCAGCAUCCCGGGCGGAGCGGAGAGCUUCCAUCGCGGUCCGCCACAAAGUGUGAAUCAAUCCUUCUCUUUUUCCAACGAGGAACCCCUCUUCAAAGAGCUCCUUCCUCAGGUUGAUCAAUCCACAUAUGACUCAACGCUUAGGCGAUCUGACCGGCGACGGGCUGCGAGGGAAGCUGCUGAUCGAGCUCGAGUCGAUUCUGACGUGGUGGGAGCGGUCAAGGCUGCUGAGCAAGCUAAGAUCAAUUUUGAUGCUGCCGAGGCUCGUAAUUUGCAGUUGAAUCGUCAAGCUCGUCAGGCGGCCAAGGCUUGUGAAGCUGCUGAACGUGAAGUAGCUAAGCGCCAGGCGGCCGAGACUCUUAAUCGCCAGACUACCCAUAACGCUUCCAAGGCUCUCGGGAAGGAUACUGAACAGGUCACUUCGGCAUCAGACAGCAACACAGCUCUGAAGACAGACCCCGAGACAGCUUCCAAGGUCGAACAGCCGGCUACCUCUGGAGGAAAGAAGCAUGCCACUUCUAACAACUCCCCCAUUGUCCAAUCAAAGUCUCAUACAAAACGUCGCGCCUACACUCCAGCUCCUUCCCCGAAGCCCAAAUUCCCUUCUCGCCUGUCGCAAACGGAGUCCGCAUACACUGACCAAGAGUGGGAAGAGAUUCAUGCCAAGACAACGUCUACGCCUUCCGACACUUCGAAGGAUGUGCCUGAAUACAUGUCCAAUAUGAAUAAUGAGACGCUGACUCACAUUGGGUCCGUAGCUGGCAAGUCAGGUGCCUCUAUCGGCACACAAAAAAAUACUAGGCAUGACGUGGACGGCACUAUCAAAGACUCUAUUGAGAUCGUCACGACCACUACCGCCAAAAUUAUCACCUCCAGCACCGAUACACAAGUGUCACAAAACUUCACCACCGAUGCCACCGCUCAGGACCUCCACUCCACACUGAAACCUCCAAGCCCUACCCCCUCCAUCGACUCAACCUACGGCUCCCAGACCCACAGCCAGUCACUACUACCUAGCCAGGCCGAAUCGCCCUCUCACACCAUCACGCCGGCCAGCCCACGCAUCAUCAAAAAGCCCGUUGGUCCCUCCGUUCGUCGCUCCACCCGCAUUACUUCCAGUGCCAUGGCACAGGCUUCUAAUAAUCAGAUUCCUGCGCUUAGCCAGACCUCUGGCGGUGACGCUGCUGCAGCGCCGGCGUCUAGCCUGGGGAAGCGGACACACAAUGCUAGUAUUGCUGCUGGCGAGGUCGAUGGGGAAAUUGGACCUGAGUCUGAUUCUGAGCCUGAGCAUGCAGUCAAGAAGAUUAGGGCGUCUAGGUAG